AUAUGUCUAUUAAGAUUAUUAGUAUGAUUAUGGUUAUUGUUGUACCUUUACUCAAAAUUGAUUAUGCCCAGAUAACAGGCUGUUCAAAUAGACAUGAAUUUGUUUAUGUUUUUAAAGGAAAAAUAGCUGAUGUCUACUAGGCCUUAGCCUCCUUAGGCAAUAGAAAACAAUAAACAAGUGAUAUUUUGAUUCUUCCUAGUUUCAACAACUUACCACAUUUUUAAAUAGAAUGUGAUGGUAGUAUCUUAUUUCUUGUGACUAGGAAAAAUAAGAUCAUAAUUACAUUACUCAGAAAAACCAAGAUUUUGCUUUUGUGAAGUUGAUGUUUAUUACUUUACUGAAGAUCUUCUGUCCUCAUUUUUCCCCCAUAGAUACCAUUUACUCUGGAGAAAUUGGAACGAAGAAAAAGGUUAAGAGACUACUAAGUUUUCAGAGAUACUUCCAUGCAUCCAGGCUAUUGCGUGGAAUCAUACCACAAGCCUCACUGUACUUAUUGGAUGAAGACUACCUUGGUCAAGCAAGGCAUAUGUUAUCCAAAGUGGGAAUGUGGGAUUUUGACAUUUUCCUGUUUGACCGCUUGACAAAUGGAAACAGCCUGGUAACCUUGUUGUGCCACCUUUUUAAUAUACAUGGACUUAUUCAUCAUUUUCAGUUAGAUAUGGUUACAUUAUACAGAUUUUUAG